AUGUAUCGAGUACUUUUCGUAGAGCAAAAGCUCUUUGAAUUCGCUUUACACCAGCUCGAGAAUAUCGAUCGACCUCCAAAGCAUAAUAUCGUUUCAUUGGCCUAUACACCGCAAUAUCAAAUGGCUGAAGCAAAUGGGAGCAAUGAGGAGUUCUGGAUAUCGUUUUUGGAAUCUAUAAAUCCAUUUGUGGCCUAUAGAUGGAAUUUCUGUCAAGGUGUAGCAAGGAAUCCAGUGAUCACUCUGGGGCAUGUAUGCAAGAGUAGGGUUCUGAGAGCAUCUGAUUGGCUCUACCCCUCUUCAGAGGCUUGUUCCGUCGAGGUGCAUGGGGAUCGCUCGCUUGGAGUUUUUAGGAGUAACUCUCAUUGGAUGCGAUAUAAUCGAUAA